UUUCAGUUUGUGAAUUCCUUCCUGUCGCUAUUUUAUAUAGCAUUUUAUCUUCAAGAUCAAGAGAAACUGAAAGAGCAACUGGCUGCCCUUCUCAUAGCAAGGCAAGUUAUUGGUAAUCUUAAAGAAUCAGCAUUUCCAUAUUUAUUGGAGCAAUUACGCCUGGCAAAACUUAGUUUUGAUCUCUUUGGCGCCCUGAGCCCUUCAGAGGCUAAGAAAGAUCUUUCGAAAGAACCUCAAGUAACAGCAGAUGAUGGGACAACUACAAAUAAAACAGGAAACAGGAACAUAAGUCAAGCAGAACUAGAGAGUUCACUUUUCAAGUAUGAUGGAACAUUUGCGGAUCAUCUGGAAAUGUUUAUACAGUUGGGUUAUGUUGUUUUAUUUUCUUCUGCAUUCCCUAUGGCUGCCUUCUGUGCUCUGCUGAACAAUUUGAUUGAAAUCCGUAGUGAUGCAUUCAAAUUGUGCUUUAUAUUUCAAAGACCAUUUGGUCAGAGAGUGUCAAACAUUGGUACUUGGCAGAAUGCCAUGGAGGUAAUGUGCUUAAUUGCUGUCUUAGUCAACUGUGCCCUUAUUGGACUCUCUGGUCAAGUACACAGAAUGUUUCCAGAAAUGUCUACAACACAGACAAUUUUGCUUAUAGUUGCACUUGAGCACAUCAUGUUAAUACUGCGAUUCCUAAUAAGCUGUGCUAUCCCUGAUGUCCCUGAAUGGGUUGCUACAGAGAUGGCAAAAGUUGAAUUUGCUCGUAGAGAGGCUUGUCGUCGACUGUCUUCCACAACAGCCUCCACUCCAGCACGAGAUUCAGCAGUCAGUGCACCGAGCACCGUCAUUGGCCGUUUUGUAGUUUCCCCAGCAAAUGAUGAAAACAAAGAAGUGGAUCAGGAAGGAACUGUUGAGGAGACUGAAGCUGCAGAAACUGGGCAUCAGUUUACCGAGAGUGCUGCAAAAGCUGUUCCAGAUGGAAGUGCUGCUUCUGCAGGAACACCUGAUAGUUUACCAUCCCCUACUUUGCCCAAAAGUACAAACAAGAGGGCAUCACCUCAUGAGUGGUUAUCCCCUGAAGGGGAAUCACUCGGGUAUCAUCUUACCAUAGGGCCUCACGGAGUGGACUGGGUUCGACAUCUUGGUCUUGAAGGAGGUAGAAAAUCCUGUGAUUCAGAGACUGUAGCAGGUGGAUCAGGUGAAAAUCUAGCAACUCACCGGAGCACUGACUGCAUAGUGACACCUAAAGAACUUACUGCAUCCUCUGAUUCCGAUCUUCUACGUUCUGCCCCUCCUUGGGCAUCCACUCAUCCUCGCCCCAAGUUCCGCUUUUCCCCAGAAAAGUCUGAACAGAAGGAAAUGUCUUUAUCAGAUAGUAGCCGCACUGUGUCAAGUCAGGAGGGAGAUGAGACUGUGGUAAAACCUGAAGAAGCAGCAGCUGCGAAGAAAACUAGAGUGAAACAGAGUCUGAUGAAAAGGGCUCGUAGUGUAGCAAUCUUCUCUCUCAAGCUCAAGGAAAGACGAGCUGCUAGAGAAGCGAAGGAAGCAGAAAUGAGAGCAAAGGAGAAGUGGACACCACCUGCCACUGUUGGUGGAGAACUGUCUUGUAUUCCCAUAGAAAAACUCAUCUCAGUGGAUGAUGUUGCUGUCGAUCUCCAAAGACGCAAAAAUCAGAAUUCUGGAAAUAUGUAGCGCCUACUUCCAUCAUCUUCAUUGUUUGUAUGGUACUUAUGUCAUCAGUUUUAAUUUAGUCUCUCCUGUUGAGUACUUCCUAUAGAUGAAACUUACUGUAACUUAAUGUAUGUAGUCUUUACUGCUCUAUAAACUUAUCUAUAUUUCAGUUGGUAUGAUCGUACAGUCCAUACAUACAGAUAGAAUGGUGUCUGUGUUGUAUCUACCCCAUAUGCUGUACAAUAAUCUUUCAGUGUGCUUCACAUUGAUGUAUAUUUAAAAGAAAAGAAAAGUGUUACAAAAUAUUAGUUAAAUUAUGUGAACAUUAGAAAAUGCUUUUAUGUCUCAAAUGUAAUGAGUUAUUUAUUUGUUUUACCGAAGAGACACAAAGUAAAAUAUAUUCCAGAACAGAUUUUCAGUAAAACUGUCAAAUAGCUCCAUUGAGCUGUAAUAGUAUGUGAAUUGUUUUCAUUUUUCCAUGUGUGGGUAGAGGUAAAAGUAUCAUCAGUGUGUAGCUUGCCAUUGUCAAAGUGCUAUGUAUGUGAGCGAGAAGCAGUGUAAAGCACAAGAGUAUUAGAUACUGUUUUAUGUUUGGUGCUGUAUGGUUUUUCCUCAUUUCUUGCUAUUAGGUAAUAGUUUCAUGAAAUAGUUGACGUUUACCGUUCGUUGCCAAGUGCCUACUGCAGUAUGGAAUUUAGUUUGUUGAGGUGAAGUAUAAAUGUAUAAAUACUCAAGUGUACUUAGAUUCAUUACACAUAUACUUAUUCAUACAUUCCAUUAUCAAUGUGAAAUGUGCAAGUUAUUUAUAUACAGUGACUCCUAAAUUAAGCAUGAUAUAAUUUUGUUUAUAAUUGCAAAUCGUGUUUCUAAAAUUUUAAAAUUUUUUUACUGUGAAAAAUGUCUCGUUAAUAACUGCAUUGAAUAAAGAAGACUUUUAAAAUAAUGAUCCUAAAGCUAUUUUCUUACAUGAGCGAAAAUACUUUUGUAAUACACAAAGGUUUUGUUGAAAAUGCUAUAAAUGUUUUUCCUUUUCAUAAGUACACUUCAUAUUUAUUUUAUAUUUAAGAUUCUGUGAAAUUGCAAAUAUUUUUAUGAAUGGUCAUCUCAUCAUUGAAACCAUCAAGCACAUAAUUCCUGCAUAUAUAUUUAACUACAGUAAAGCAAAAAAAUAUUUUGAUCAUAACAUAAGGUCUUAGUAACCCUUUUAGACAUAUCCGACAUGAGCAAACGAUUUAGAAUAACAAAGUGGUGUAAUUUAAGAUGCACACAUUCAACAAUUGAAUGCAGUGAUCAAAGUAUGAGUCUGCUGCAGUGUUCACAUUUUGUUGUAAUAUGUUAUAUUUUGGAAAUGCAGAAUAAAGAUUUUAGUAAACUUGUUUGCAUAUUGCACGUUUUUGGUGUUAUUUAACAGGAUCAGCCCUUCAUAAGUUAGUAUAUUAUCAAUAAAGACUAAAUAAAUGGAUCGCUUCAUUCACCAUACA